AUGGCCCAGUUCUUUGAGGAUGUCCUGCAGAUCAGAUAUUCCGGACCCCAUCUUCCUUCGUUGACCAUCGUUGACUUGCCCGGCAUUAUACAGUCUGAGAUUGAGACCGGACAAGGCGUCAUGCUGGUCCGCAACCUUGUGGAGAGCUAUAUGCGCGACGAAAAGUCCAUCAUACUCGCUGUUGUAUCAGCUCGCAAUGACCUUCAGAACCAAAGUGUGCUCGACUUCGUCAAAAAGCACGAUCCAAGUGCCAGUCGCACAUUGGGAAUCAUUACGAAACCAGACAGUUUGGAUGUAGGGUCCGAGAGUGAAAACCUGUUCUCAAAGCUAGCAAGAAAUGAGGCCGUUCCACUGAAGCUGGGCUGGCAUGUUGUGAAGAACCGGAGUUUCGGCAUGAAAGAGCAGUCGGACGCAGAGCGUGACGAGUCAGAGAGACAGUUCUUUGCGACUGGAGUCUGGACCUCGAUCCCUCGCACAAACGUUGCUAUUGAUGCCUUGCGAACUAAGUUGUCUCGAGUUCUGCUCCAACAUAUCCGUAAAGAGCUUCCAUCUCUCAGCACCGCUAUACAAGAUGCAAUCUCUUUGGCGGAAACCGAUCUCAAAGCUUUAGGGAGCCCACGACAUGAGCCGCAGCAACAGAGGAAUUUCCUGAUGGGAAAAGCACAGAAAUUCCAUUCCCUAACGCUGGACGCGCUGAGAGGAUUAUACAACGAAGAGUUCUUUGAGGUCUCUUCGUUCCAUGUCAUCCCACCCACCCGUCUACGCACUCAAAUACAGGAUCUCAACUUAGCAUUCGCAUGCGCAAUGUACAGUAAAGGCCAUCAGUAUCAUAUUGUCGACGGCCAAGUUUCUCCGGACCUAGGAGCAAAUUUUCUGGCUUCCAAUGCGACUCACAACUACAAUUGUCUCCCGAAUCCAAUCUGGAUAGAUCUGGCCAAGUUCCUUGAAGAGCGCAUUGGAACCCAAGUGCGGCUCAGCCGGCCAUCAGGCUUACCUACUCUUGUCAAUCCUUGGGUCAUUGGUGCAGUAUUUCGUCAGCAAGCGAAGCCUUGGGAGGCUAUUGCUCGACAGCACAUAAGCGACAUCUAUGAGGCAGUGCAAGCCUAUCUAGAGGAGAGCUUGAGCAGCAUGAUGGACAGUGAAACGUUCGAUUCGUUGAUGCACGAGCAUGUAGAGCCUGAGCUUGAGAGAAGGCGGGCGCAGCUGGACAAGAAAUUGACUGAACUGCUCACUCCUUAUCAGAAACAAGAGCCCAUCACAUACGAUCCAAGCUUCAUCAACGACUUGAAGCAGGUCAGGUCUAAACGGUAUUUUGGAUCAAGCAAUCAAUUUUCUUUCGGUGGACCGCAAAAAAUCUCCACACCUGAAACCCAGCUCCUAACAGAGUCGUUGGACGACUUCACCAACGUAGACAUCCUGAAUCUUAUGCAGAUCUAUUACAAGGUCAGUGGAUUACAGGCUAUUAUGAAGAAUAGAAGGCUGACUUGCUGUGUAGAAAGCCAUUUCGGUGUUCAUCAGCAAUGUUACAGUCCUUGCGAUCGAGAACUGCCUUAUCACAGAUCUUCCAUCGCUCUUGGACCCGGAGCUUGUGCUCAACAUGGACGAAGAGAAGCUCCAAGUGAUCGCAGCAGAGUCUGA